CUCGAGAGGAUUGCGGUUCAGGAAACCAUUCGUAUCUAUCAUGGGACCAACAAAAUAUUUUUUUGGCGUCAUAACACUCGUUGUGUUGUGUAGUGCUGAAAUGAACAUCAACAUAAAGCAACCAAAUGCUGAAGUAUAUCAUCAACAAAGUGCCCGAAAUGAUCAGUUUAAUUAUGGUUAUCAUGUAAAUACUGAAAGUAAUCAGUUUCAACAUAAGGUUAAAGGUCCGGAUGAUGUAACGUACGGUUGUUACGGUUACGUUGACCCAACAAACCAGAAACAUUUGGUGUAUUAUGUAGCCGACCGUAUGGGCUAUCGAAUCAUUUUUCCCAAUCGGCCCACAAAGAUUUUCACACAACGCGUUUCCGAUAGUUUAAAUAAAUUGGAUGGAUCUCUGAAGGGUAAAGAAUAUGAUGAAAAGGUAGUGGCUUGGAACGACUUGUAUCUGCCCGACUCUUGCUUUCGGUUGGGAGAUAUUCUGUCUUCAUCGGCAUCGACGGUACAGCAGCAAGUUGUGCAACCCCCAGUCCCGGCAACAUCGUCACACGUUCGACCAGUAUAUCCCCAACCGGGACUGCCUCAGCCUACACAGUACACCAUCCCGACAGCUGUUCCAAAUACCGGUAACCAAGUAUUUCAGCAACCAGGACAGAUAUACGUAGAUUCAAACAAUGCCUUGAGUUCUGAAGACAUUCAAGCGACGGAAAACUACGAUGUUGUGUUGAAUAGUUCUCCAGCAUCCUGGUCUGGGUCGUUGCCAGACAUAAACCCGGCGCAUAUAAAUCUGGAUCAGUUUGAUAUUCGUGGCUCUUCUGUCCGGAACGAGGAACCACGCGGUAGUGGCCCGCAAGGUCCGCAGCAGUUCGGCCUGAACAUAACACAACUGUUGGCGCAAAUCGAAACAGUCAAUUCGCAGGUUGUAACAUUGAACAUGCUUCUGGCAGGAAUGGCGAACAAUCCGGCCGUCUUCAGCAGCGCUAACGAAGGAAGCUGCAAAUCGGUGCUUCAACUGUUGCGUACUCAGAAAACCACACCACAGCUUGUCUACGUUCCGAUAUUGAUUCCUUAUGUCGAGGGGCAGCACAAUGUUAACCAACCGUCUGUGGUUGGGACGCCUCAACGCAUUCAGCAACGGCCGUGCCAUCAGUGCGAUAAGUACUGAGAAGGAAAAUGACGAAAUGAAUUUAUCCAUGUAUUUUGGUAUUUAAAUAAAUAGUAACGGUCGCCGUUGGAAACAAGGGAUUGA